CACCGCUGCGGCCCUCGGGUCGCCCUCGACUCGGCACUCGCCUCCCCGCACUCGCGUCCGAGCCUUCGUCGUAGUCGCACGAUAUGGCGAACGCGCCCUGAACACACGACAUCCGUAAAACGCGUGUGCUGUGACAUUGCUCAAACGUGGACUCGCUCUUGACCAGCGUCAAGACAAUGUAUCGAUCAAAAGGCGGCAUGGUGUCGCCAAGGUAUUGCUUAAGUUUGUUUAUGGCGUUGCAAAUCACUCUCUCUGAUGCCGGUCCCGUGGGCCCAUUGCCAAAUGUGACGAGUGUGGAUUUAGGACUGAAAGAGGGCAGCUGUGCCUUAGGCGACGUGGUGUACUUAACCGGAGACGAGUUCCCGGGUACAAACCCUUGCGAACGCUGUGCGUGCACUGGAGGGGAAGUGCGCUGCGAAAAGCAGCGCUGCGAACCGCGCCCUGGCUGCAAAGCCGUUCAUCGCCCCGACCACUGUUGCCCCACCUACCAGUGCGAGUGCGAACAAGAAGGGCGCGUGUACGGCAACGGCGAAAAGCUCGUGGACCCGCAGGACCCUUGCCGCGUGUGCUACUGCCAGGGCGGCGAGGUGGUCUGCCGCCGCAUCGCCUGUUUCGUUCGGGACGAUUGCCAGCCGCGUCUCGUGCAAGGCCGAUGCUGCCCAGAAUACGACAAUUGCCCUCUCAGAGGUGUGACAUCAGUGCACGGAGUUUCGACGACCCUGUCGCCGAAAGUGAAUACGAGUGCUGUGCUCCCUCCUCCCGGACCUAUCAAGCCAGGGUUCACGAUCAAGGAGAUCACUCCGGUGUCGGAAAUCCCAGUUACGGAUGUUAAAGUUAAAGAGAUAUUACCUUCACCGAAUAUGGAUGUCGAUGAAUAUUCUUCCUCCAAAUCUCCAUUGAUUCCACGUGAAAUUACUUCCGAGACGAGCUCAAUUGUCGAUGCAAACGUUAAGGCAAAACUUCCCGUAAACAUUGAAAAGGCCGAACAAAAGCUUUCGCGUGAAGAGAAUGUGCAUAACAAUGACGACGGUGACUCGACGCCAUCUAAAAUAAGUUUCUCCACACAAGAUUCGAUUAACAGUGAAAUAUACCCUUCAAAUAUUCCCUCCCUCAUUUUGAUGGGACCCUCUGAAUCGAUUUCUUUAAACUCUCUGUCCACAAAGAGUCCCGCUCUCGAAGAAGAAGAUUCUUCAUUAUUUGAUCACAACCCCGCAUUUCCACCAAUACCUGACGAUCUUUCUGUGCCUGGUAAUCACGAAGAUGAAAUUCUUCCGGAACAACAUUUUGAGAACGAUCAAAUACCUGGUAUUAGUGAUAUAAUGGUAACAAAUGACAGAAUUAUAACCGAUGCUCCUAUUGUAAGAGAAUCACCGACAAGUACCUUGUAUAUGACAAAGGAUCUCACGGGAACCACAGAUAAUUUAAUAGGUACAGAUAUUUCGUCCGAAAAAAAAAUUAACAAAAUUGAGCUUUCCAAUACUGAUUCUUUGACUACAAAAGAAAAUCCAAUGCUAAAUCUCAGAUCGGUAUUGCCCACUCAAAUCCUUAAUAUCCCUUCCUUCAUCACCGAUGAAACCACUGAUGAUAUAGACACCACUACUGAUGACUCUGAACUACAAACAUCAUCUGAAAAAGGCGUGGAAACAGUUGAUGAUGUCGGCCGAGACCGCCAAAGUAGUAUCAAUGAAACUGAUCAAGACUUUCAAACACCAAAAUCUAAAGAAAAUUUUGCCAGUUAUGAAUCUAGUACUGAAAUAUAUAUAGGUAACCAACCGAGCUCUAUAUUAAUCGAAACGAGUGAUCAAAAUCCUCACGAUGAGUCUGAUAAUAUUUCGGAUAGUACCUUAGCCUCGUCGACGGUAGACGCAUUGAACGUGGAAACAGAAUCUGAUAUGACCACUCUUUCUAGAUCGGAACCUGGUAAAGAAACUUCAUUUGAAAAUAUUGAAACUACAGAAUUUACGUUUACAUCUUCCGGUUCUCAAGAGAGCGCGACUGAGGAGGUAGAGAUGAUGAAAGUGGCGACUGACACACACAGAAGCUCCGCGCUCAUUAAACCAUCUCAAGACAGAAAUAUUAACGUACUAACAGACUUAAUCAACUUAGUCGGUGACGUGGCAUCCAUCAGUGACCACACCGAUAAUCCCACAAAGUCGGUGGGUGGCUCGACAACAAUUUCUGAUUCAGAAGAACUGAUUCCAGUCAACCUCGGCUAUAAGAGUAAAAACAACAAUUGGAAUUUGAAUUCAAUUACUGAAAUUCCACAUAAAAGCAAAACUAUGCAGACUUCUAAGACGAAAACCGUGGAAAUCGAAGACGACGACGAAAUUGAAAACAUUACCGAUUCUCCGCCACCGAACGAUAAAAUUGAACCUACAACUAAACGACCCGUCAUAGAUGACGUGUCCGAUGGCAAGCAACAAAACGUUAGCGGCGCCGGGGAGAAUAAAGAUAUCGAAAUUAUUACUCAGGCGUACGUGCCGACCGUCAGACGUCCCACCAAAGUAGUAAUGGCCAAUUCUAGUGAAGCUCUAUCGGGUGCGAUACAGACUCAACCGACAGACAGCGGCAAAGCGACACCCGUGGCCGCGUCUUCUCCGUCCGCGGAAGAGAACGAGCCGCCUCUCGACGGCGGAAGCCUCGCGAACCUCAAUGACACGAUUACUGUUUCCGAUCGAAACUAAAUAUUUCAGAGACUAAUAGUUUUACGGAUUUAUUUGAAUCGUCAAUUGUGAGCGUAGAAUAAGUAUUUAUAACUUAAGAAGCCUCCCGAGAGCUGCUUGAAUUUAUAUUGUAUUAGUUGGACAAAUUAUUUAUAAAGAUAGAUUAAUGGCGCAGGCGUCGCGUCUCGUGUUUAAGUAAUUUAUUUUAGUGAGAAACGUGAAUCGAUUAACUGAGCUAGUCAUUGUGAGGCGCCACGUUGCCAUCCCCGCUAGCUGUCGAGCCGGCCGAUAUUACCGCAUACAGCAUUCAGUGAAACGCUGUCGUGUGACCCACGAGAGUACAUAGCCGUAGUUCCUCUAGGAUUAAUAAUUAUUAAACCUCUUAGCCAAUCCGUGACCAAUUGCAACAAAGUGUAAAACGAACUUUGGUACAAACGAUAGUUAAGUGUAAAGAACUUAUGAAUAACUCUAGACUAGUUUCGCACAAAGUGUCUCCUAUCGCACAAUGUAUGGAUAUUCUGAUCUAUAUUAAAUCAAAUACUAUUUACUUAUAAUCUUGUAUACUGUUUUGUAUAUUUUUGCGCUUUUAUUGCGUAAAGAGAGAACUCGAUAUUUCAAACACUUUAAUACUGUCACUAUUUUAGUUAAUCAUAAGGAUGCUGACCGGUUUCUCUCCUAUUAUGUACACGAGCUCUCGGAUCGGCCUGGCUGAGUGGAGUCGGCCGAAGUGCCUUCUUGCCCCGGAAGACCUUGCCUUUUCCGAGGCAAUGAGCGCGUGAGCUCAUGCUGAUGUGUGUUCCAUAUUCUCAUUGGUUUUUACAAAUAAAACAAAUUAGACUGA